AUGACUGCGUUAAUAACAACUGUGUUCAAGGCAACUAUCAGUUUUCUUGUGCAAAAAGGUCGAGCGGCGACAGCAGAGAAGCUUGAAGAAGGUGACGUUAUAAAUCAGAAAUUCCGUCGCUUGAUCGUGCGUGAGAUUGACGACCUAAAAUCCAAAUUAGACGGUCUUGCAAAGAAGGAUCUGUUAUCAAGCGUCAUUUCCUUAGCUGUAGGCAUCGAGUACCUAUAUGAUGUGUUUGAAAAGUCGAAGUCGGGAUUCAAGUAUGAAGGCAAAGCUGGAAAGCAAAAGGGACUCCGAAUGGAUGAUUCAACCAAGAAGGCCCUAGAGAACGCAAAGAAGAGGGUUGAAGAUGCUCAUGAAAAAGCAAGAGAUGCCUUCGCCUACGUCUAUGGUGUGUUUGACAAGUCAAAGUCGGGAUUCGAGGACGAAGGCAAAGCUGGAAAACAAAAGGGACUUGGAAUGGAUGAUUCAACCAAGAAGGCCCUAGAAAACGCAAAGAAGAGGUUUGAAGAUGCUCGUGAAAAAGCAAGAGAUGCCUUCGCCAAUGAAGCGCUGAAUUUGAACGAUCGCUUGCUAGCCAUGGAGAUUCGAGUUAUGGCAACAAUACUGCAGACAUUUGACAACGACAAGGAGGCUAUACCAGCAUGUAAAGUAUGCAUUGAAGAACUGCACUCUCUGACCGCUGUCAAGGAAUGUUUCACUGUCGAGCUCGGCAAGGCAGGGUUCUCGACCCGGUUUAGUAAAGAUGAACGUGAGAAAAUAAUCUCUGCAAUAUGCCAACUGAAUCGAUUUAUUUACGAUUUCACCCUUAUGGUGGGGUUUGGCGUAAAGGAAUGGCCUUGUGUUGACACGGGCAAAGGGAAAAUUGACCCGAUCCGUGACGAAAGACUUACAAAACUGCUCGGAAAACAAGGCAUGAAACACUGUUUCAUCACACCGUGGUCAUUUGGUCAGGAUGGCGAAAAGGAACGCCAGCUAAAAAGCCCCGUGGGUAUCGCUACGAAUCCGCUAGAGCAUUUCAUUGUGGCGGACGAUGGGGAUAAAUUGAUCAAAGUCUUUGACAGUAAUGGGAACUUCCAACAGUAUGUCAAUAUCCAUGCUAACAGUGCCAGAGAAGAGUUGUACAUUCUCGAUAUCGCUGCUGACGAAGACAACAAUUUUUAUGUACUGGUGGGACUGAAGAAGCUCGUGACUAAAGAUUUUGAGCUGGAAGUCCAUAUAUUCAGUGCAGCAAAUUCACUGCUUCGCAAAUUUCCUGUGAAAAAAGGGCCUUGGGGACAGGGCAGGAAAUUGGCAAUUUGCAGCGGUAAAGUCCUGGUAUUAAGAGGAUCUGGAUCGGGAGAUGUGGUUGAAGUCUACAGGCGUGAUGGGAAACUAGUCCGUAGCUUUGGCGGGGGAUUCUUCAAAAAUGCAGGAGAUAUGGCAGCUAUCAAUGACCGCGUUAUAGUGGUGGACACCGGUAAUGGCAGCGUCCACAUUUUCACUCUGAAGGGAAAACAUGAAGCCAAAGUUUCUGUCGACAUCGAGGAAUAUCACUAUUUCAGAGCUGCCCUCCAUCCUACAAGCAAUUAUUUCAUCUUGGCUGGCUUUGAACGAUUGACCGCAUAUCCAAGUAUGACAGUUUUUUCUACCACUGGAGAAUUUGUACGGAGGAUCCAAUUGAGUAAAGAAAAGACUAAGUUUUUGGGAGGUAUGGCGGUAACCAAGAAGGGUCAAGUUGCUCUAGUAGUUGGAGGGGAGAGUGAGACUUGUAGGGUGAGUUUGAUUGCUCUGUAAACAAGAAUGUUUAGUUCUAUCACAUCUGAGUUCUAAAGGUUUUUUUGCCACUAUUAAAUGAUCGAAAGUGCAGGGUCGUUCGAGCUUAUCUUUCAGAGAGUUCAGUCAAUCAAUUUCCUACUUGAAAUUCUUGUCGGAAACCGCACAAGAUAAUGGCGUUCAUGUAAGAAUUAAUAAAAAACAACCUUGCUUUUGGGCUUGCGCCCGAAACCUUGGCUUCGUUUCUUUCUUGUGGCCAAAUUACCUUAUUAGGGAGCCUUAGCGUGUACGACGGCGACGGUAGCGAUAAGGUCACUUUUUAAAUUCGCGUUUUUUUCAAUCUUUGUAGCGUUAUUCCAAUUCGCUAAAAAUGGCAAUUGUAGGGGAAUUUUCCUAGAGUUGAUAUCUAAGGAACCGCACUCAGCUUAAAAAGAUCAAUUAUUUAUGCCUAAUAUCUAAACAAGUUUUUAUCAACCAAGUUUUUAUCAAACAUAGUUAAUUAAAGUAGAAUGGUUGGGAAAUGCUUUGUUAUAUGUUUUUGUUUGCUUUUUAGGACCUGUCCGUGCACAACGUUCAAUAGCAUUGCUAUCAUUUUGAACAUACUGACCAAUAGAGACAAUGCAUUAAUUUAUUCAGUCACAAUUUGUGAACAAAAAACAAAGGAUUGUGCACGGUCAGGGAGCUUCCAAUAUAAACUACAACACCGUUGUUUUCAACUUUGAUGUUUCCCUGCUUUCCUAACCAGUCUCCUCUUCUAACUAUGGUUAAAAGUUUACACAACUUUUGUGUGAUGCAAGUAAUUUAUUGUGUUGCUUUGAUUACUGUCCUGUGUACUCGCAAGAUGGCUUAAAUUGCCUGGAUCAUUCUUCAGUAUUUACAUUUGCUAGGGACAUCCGUACAUUGCGUUCAAACCAUUGCUAUAAAUGAUAUGUCAAGUCUGUGAGAACUGAUUAAUUCGCUCAAGUGUUCAUUCUAUGUUAGAAUUAUUAACCAGUGGAUUGAUUUGCAUAACGCAAUUGCAGAAGCAGAAAGCUUAGAUUCCUUUAAAAGGAAAUUGAAAAAAAACAUUUAUUUACCUGGCCCUAUUUUGCGUCUGUGUUUUAGGGCGUGUUUACAAGGAGUGAGGAGGGUUACCCAAGCAAGCGGGUUAAAGUUAACUCUGGUUUACAAGCAAAAUUUCCCAAGUAGGGUUACCGUCAUGCGUCACCACAUAAGACUAAAAUAAACAUUCUUUGUAACGUGCAAUAUUUGAACGAAAUCUUGAAGAUCCAUUUUAAACAUGUUUAAUUCAUGGAAAAUCAUGUAAUUUAGAGGUCGAAAAAUUGGAUAACUCCGUUCAAAUUUUCAAGAUUACUGCUCACGCUUGACGGUCAAAGUUAUCCUGGGUAGGCGAGUUACCCAAACAAAGCGUUUACAAGGCAGGUAGGGUAAACCUCUUUCUAGGGUAACCCUAGCACUCUGGUAGGGUUAUUCUCCCUCCUUUUUAAACAAGUCCUUAUAUAUCAAGAAAUUCAAUCGCA